AUGGAGGGAGCAAAAGACGGAGGAAACAAAAUCUUGUUUGUCACAGUAGGGUCGCACAAAUUCGAUGAACUAAUAAAGCAGAUCGACACGAAGGAAUUCCACAGCUUCCUCCGAUGUGAAGGCUUCACCAAAAUGAACAUGCAGAUCGGAGAAGGAACCUACGAACCCAAGUUGAUCUAUAGACAUAACAGCAAUAAUGAGGAGUUCCUAAAGCGAGUGAAAUUCUUUCGAUACAAAAAGGACUUAGUAAAGCAUUUUCAAAAGGCUGACCUCAUUUUAAGUCAUGCGGGCGCAGGGACCACCAUCGAAGGGUUGCGCAUGAAGAAGAAAAUGCUCAUAGUGGUCAAUGACAAAUUAAUGGAUAAUCACCAAUUAGAGUUUGCACUAUUUUUACGUUCGCUGAAUUGCUUGGAGGUGUGUGAGUGCUUGGGGGACUUGCGGUCAUGGGUGCUGCGGUGCCUGCGGACACCCGCGUUCGCGCCCUUCCCCGCCCCCAGGCCGGAGCCCUUCCUGCGGGACCUGCGCGCGCUGAUGGACGAAGCGGCGUAG